AUGGGUUAUACAGAAGCCAGACAAAAUAUCUACGCCAGUGCCUGUAACAAUAACUACUUAAAUCUCCAAUGUCCACGAAACCAGAGAAUAGCCAUUAAACGUUUAUUUUAUGGUGUCAAUACUGCAAAACGAUGUAAAAAUCGUAAAUUAGGUGAUUGUUGUCGUGCUACACAGAAUGAUUGUAGAGAAUUUGAUGAUACAGUAUAUCCCAAGUUAAAUAAUCGCUGUUCAGGCUAUGAGAAGUGUAGUAUUAUUGUAGAAAGUGUGCCAAUAAGAUCAACUGGAUGUCAAACUGAUAGAUCCUAUACAGAUUAUAUGACAGUUAUCUAUGAUUGUGUAGCAAUUGAAGACAUUGCCUCAUUCUGUUCUGAUGAUAUCAAGAGAGGUAAAGUAUUGUAUUUAGCUAAUGAAGAAUACCCUAGGUCAAUCUCUACAAGACAAUCCUCCUGUCAGUGUGUAGCUGCUACAGAAUUCUCUAAUGGAAUCAACCUCUUCUCUAUUGAUGUAUUAAUAGCUAGAGCAGAGUUUGGUGAUAGGAAGUGCUCUAGAAGUAUAACAAUAACUGAUAAACAUGCAUUUGAAAAAGAAUUAACGUGUGGUCAUAGUGGUUGGUUUGGUUAUAGAACUGUUUACAGUAGAACUGUUAACAAUGUCACAUUAGAAUUACAUAAUGGUAAUAAUGAAGGAACAGCAUUUGUCUGGUUAGAAGUUAAAGCAACCAACUCUAAUGAUUAUGUUCAGAUCCACUGUGGUGAAUCAUUACACAGAUUAUUGGUAGGAUCACAUGAAUCUGGAGAAAGACGUACGGAAGAUGAGGUUAUCAUCAAAACAAGUUCAACUACAUCCGGUGCAGGCAUCAAUAUUGGUGAAUCAGCUUCAGCUUAUGGACCAAAUUCAUUAUCAUCUGACAUGGCUGCAAUAGUUGGUGGUAUUGUGGUGGCAGCAUUCUUUAUAUUUACUAUAGUAAUAGUAGCAAUAGCAGUUCACUGUCGAAGAAUUCGUAAAGAGAGAAAUAAGCCAAUGAAAGUAGAGUUAUAUCCAGCUAUACCCCCAUCACAACUAGAAACAAGUUCCUAUCGCCAUUUUGACUAUGAUGAUGAUCAUUAUUGUUCCAUAAGCAGAAGUCCAAUGAAAGUCUCCAGUUUUUCAGACUGUCCGACUGGAAAUCAAACAUUUCGUGAAUCACAACCACCUGCUAUUGUCACCGACCAUGAUACAACUAAUAUGAAGUCUGGUGAUUAUAUUGAGAAUCAAGCAUUGAUACACCAUACUGAACUGCCACAACGUGACUACAUGUCUAUUGAUGAUAAAGAAAUGAAUGGACAUAAAACAUUACCUGCCCAACAUAGAUCAUCCUCUAUCAGUAAUCCUUUUCCUACCAAAUUACCACCUAAUAAACGCAGUAAAAGCGUUACUUUUUCACAACCUGUUGCCAAAGUAACACCAAUGAAUUCUGAGUCAGAAGAAUCAGUGCCUGAUCAUCCUGCAAGUAAAAUCUCUCUGACUUACAUCAAUCCCGAUGAUGAUUACUAUGAGUUCCCUCCCCCUCCUCCAUUAGAAUCACUGGAGAUUAAACAAGAUGAAAACAGUGUCCAACCACCAGCAGAUAUUCAAGAUCUGUAUGCAGUGGUCAAUAAGCCUAAAAAAGUUGUGCCUAUAGAUGAUGAUAAGCCAUAUGAUAAUGUUACUGUUGCACCAUAUAUUACUGCUAAUGAUUAUGAUAAAUCAUUUAAAUCCACAAAUUAUAAAAUACAAGUCAAUGGCAUGGGAACACUUGAACACCAAAAAGUAGAAACCGGUGUUUAA